GUUUUGAUGGAGAGCGUAUAGCGGUAAGUACUAGAGGUAUGUACUGUUUAGUGCUCUUCGUCUUCUACUUGCAGGAGCACUGACUGGUCAUACCGCCCAAGUAAGAACAGAACAGAGACCUCUUAUGCGACUCGAAGGAAAUAACGUCGGCCCGCAGACGCACUACCACUAUUAAGACCGUACUCGCAAAGAUAGGCUUUCUUUUCGUUAUCAAGUAACUUCAACUUGUAAGUUGCAAACGACAUCAAAACUAGUAAACCUAAACUAAUUAUUUUACUUUCUUGUAGUAUACCUAGACCUACGCGUGUGAUCGUCAUCGGUACUAGUUGACGCUUUUUAUUUCUCUUCGCAACACAGGCCAAUUUGUCUCUCCAACAGCACAACAUGUUCAUCGGAGGGACGACGUAUCAGCUUCCCACGCGUCCCCAGCUUGCGUUCGCGCAGGCCGUGCCCCCGGGCACGCACCGGAAAAAGCGGCAAGCCGAGCUGGCCGCAGAGCGGGAAAAAGCCGCGCUGGCGGCGCUGGCAGAGGAGCGCGAAAGGUUGGCCUUGGAAGCGAUUGCAUUGCUGAACGCGAAAGUUGCCGACCAUGACGCGGAAAAGUUCAGCGUGAAUAAACUGGAAAAUGAGCUGCGACGAGCUCGUCCUGGCAGUCGUGCAGGGGCUGCUCGCCAAACAUCACAACCAGCACGGGGCGGGCGGCGGAGAAGCACAACGUCCACGACACCAGCACGACCUCAACACGAUCUUUCGAGGAGUGGUGGUGAAGAAGAAGAUGAGUCUGCGGAAUUAGAGGAGCGCAAGUUUUCAGUUCUCUACGACGAUGGCGAUUUUACUGAUGGACCCAAUAAGACACCCUCGCGAAGGCGCCGCCGCGCAUCCACUGUGUCCACUGCUGCAGAAGAUGAAGAUCUUCCGGAUAGAAAUGAAGCCAGUCACCGCUCGACGGAGGAUUUAUUUUCCUCGGAAACAAAACACUGGCAUUCCCAAGAGAACGCGUAUCUCGCCGAAUACCCCCGUUCCACCGGCCGUCUGACCUUCUCCACCCUGGCGGCCGCGAAGCGAAAAGCGGUGCUCGUGAAGGAUUGUGGCGGAAUUACACAGUGUGCGGCCGGGGGGGAAAAUCAAAGUUUGUUCGAGCUUCGCGCGGGGAAGCAAUUUAAGGACUCACAGCAAGGAGAGAGGAGUUGGAAGAAACCUGCUCCGACUUCCUCUCUUACUCUUGCUGCGGCAGCAGGAACUACAACUCCAGCGUCUGCGCAAGUAGAGCAGAAAAAUAGUACCCCUGCGCCAGAGGAUUUCGAUUCGUGGAUCCCCUGUCCGGGCUGCUCCCUGGCCGGCUACCCCUGCGAUCUCGGGCCGAACAGCUUCGACAGCUUGGCCGCCGCCAAGAAGGCGGCGAAAAAUAGCAUCGACUGUGGCGGCGUCACCGAGGCGAAACCGGGGGUGUUUGAGUGCCGACAGAGCGAGGAUCCGGAAAUCAGUAUGACCGAUGAAAAUUCGUGGAUCGCGCCAGCACCCGGAGCAGAGUUGGAUGAUGAGUACUAUGGAGACGACACUGCAAGCAUAAUCGGCAGCGAAGACGAUAAUUGGGACGACAUUUGGUCCCUGGCCAGUGAGGACAGUGGUCUAUUAAGUGGUGAUGACCAAGAUGAACACGACGGACUCGGUAGAGGCGAGCAUGGUAGUGGCGACGCAACUGACACCACACAGAAGAUAAUACAGCACGAAGAUCAGCAAGUAGGUCACACGGCAACGGACUCGACGACCACAGGCAAAAGCAAAAAUGCCUCCGCCAGCAUCCAAAAGGCGAAGAAGGAAGCAGCGGAAGCCUUGCUGAAAAAACAGGAAGCACAGAAAAAAGCGGAAGAGAAGAAGAGACAGGAGAAGGAAGAAAGGAAAAGAAACGCGCCGGAAGAGGUCUACUUGAAGAUCGACUACAGCAACUUCCGUGGGUACUUCAAAAGACGGCUCGAGGACCAUAAUGACCGGGCAGUAUACGCGAAAAUAAUAGACCAGGCAUCUUCCGGGAGGUCUGAUGAAGACCAGGAGCAGUUUAUCUGGCACAAUGGGCAGUACUGGGUGGUCCAUUUUAAUGCGCCCGAGGAGGGUAUGACAGUGCACAACUCCCCCUCCCCCUGAUUUGCAUGGCAUGAGCAGCAAUACAAACACCAGCAUACAUGGAGCCUAUGCAUGAAAAAUCUAUGUGCCUUUUGUAGUGCUGUUUAGGCUACUUCCGGAAUUUGUCAUGCAAACAGUGCCACAAGGCAGCGACUGGAUUUGGGAUUUUGCAUCACAAAUGAGGGGGACGCGGGGGAGUUGUGCACCCUCAUAGAGGCGCUGGCGGCGAACCAGGUGGCCCGGACGAAGGACUGCGCGGAUAGCCUCACGCCGCUCGAUAUCCUGAGUAAAUAAAACGUCCCCACACCAGGGUCAAGAUGGGAAAUCUGCUAGACAAAUUAGGCAGCUUUGGUUGUUUCGCAUGACAAGUCUGUCCUCGUAGUGUGAUGCUGUUUAGGUACUCUAGAAGCAACACAGAUCUAGCGCAUCAUGCUGAUUAUAGCAUCACAAAUUCCAAAACACGGCUAUAAAAUCAAAAUGCUUCCAAUGGGGCUUCGCAUGAGAAACUUUUUUGGCAUAGAGAUUUGCAUGACAAAUCUGGGGUGGGGACGUUUUUACACAGGAUACUCGAAUUUGACGCGGCGGACUGGUUGGACGACCUGCACAUAAAGAUCUACGACAGGGAAAAGUACGACAGCCCAAACGAGCCAGAGGAAGGGAAGUGGACCGACCCAGACUUCGGACCGAAUGGGCAGACGAUUGGAACUUUAUGCGUUGCAAAUAGGAACAUGUCGGGGUCGAGAAGGUUGUGAUGUUAAUUUGCAGAUGGUGAGCACCGCAGCCUCCUCUUCGGACUCACGCAUGACAAAUUUUAUAUAUUGAUAUUCUAUAUGAUGGUCUGCUACGUCUUGGGUCACUGUCACUGAGCAUGAGCUGCAUGACAAAACACGUUUUCCCGCAUGACUGAUGUUUUUCUCUCUUGUCAUCCAAGCAUGACAAGCCUUGCACUCUACCCGAUGAUCCAGACACGUUAUAAUUUGCAAUGCAUACACAAACAGGUUCGACAACGUGGUUGGGUGGUGCCGCGCCUGCAACCUGUUUCGGGGGGAGCAGAUGGAACUCUUUUCCACCAUUGAGCCCAACGACAUCUCGCAGGGGCGGUUGGGCGACUGCUGGUUGCUCGCCGCCUUUUCCGCGGUGGCGGAAUUUCCCGGGUUUUUGUCGGACCAGGUUUUCCGGCAACGAGAACUGCCCCCGAUAUCAAUCGCAAAAGUACAACCGUAUCAGCAGUCAAUUAUUUUGCAUGGGUGCAUAGCAUCACUUAGUUGCUGCACAGCAUGUUGCCAGCAGAUAGGAUGUGCUUUCUAUAGAAACUCUUUGUCAUUCAAGAUAAAGAUUGCAAUUGGAAUUGCCUUUGGUAUGCUAGUACGGACUAUGUAAUUUUUGCAAUUUGCAUACGCAAACUCCAAGUACGAAUUUAAUUUCUACGACCCGCUCGAGGAGAAGUUUUCCGUGGUCACGAUUGACGACUGGCUGCCGAUAUGUAUUGCAAAAGUGUCUGGGUCUGGAAGAAUGCAACUUGUGAUGCUGUAUUUGGAUUCCCAAAAAAUCUGUAUUGCAUGAGUAGCAAACAGAAUGCAAUUUUUGCUACGCGGCUGAGAAGGUAUUUGUCAUGCGGAAUAGGCAUCAAGAAGCCCUCAAAAAAUCUGCAUUGCUAGGGUGUGCAUCACAGACAUUAUGGCUCAUGCAAAACGUGCAUGACAAGUGUCAGAAUCUUCCAGACCCAGACAUUUUUACAGUUGAUAGCCGAUCAAUAAGGACACUAAGAAGCCGCUUUUCGCCAAGCCCGUGGGCAACGAGGUCUGGGUGUGCCUGCUCGAGAAGGCCAUGGCCAAGGUCUAUGGCAGUUACCAUGCGCUGCAGGGCGGGUCGGCCGAGUACGCCUGGGCGCGGCUGACGGGGCAGGUCCGGUGCGAAAAUUUCAAGUUGAAGGACAAAGCGGACUGCACGAAGGGCUACCGGGGCGUCUACCUGGCUUUCAAGGAUAAGGCAAACAAAAGGGGAUCCUUCUGGCAAAUGGGCGACAACCACGACAAAACGGCGGACCAACUGUUCAAGAUGCUGAAAAAGUGCGACCGGGAGAACUUUGUGAUGAGCGCGAGCAUCUACGCCCGGGCGCAGGUAUGAACUGCAAAAGUAUCGUACUAGUAGUAACUGCAAUACAAAUUAGCUCAGCAUGACAAAUGGAAUUUGUCAUGCUGUUUUGCCUUGGGAUGGAGAUUUGUAAUGCAAGACUUGCAUGUAUACGAGUGCGAUACUUUUGCACAGGAUAGCAGGAGCACCAGCGCGAGGACGGUUUGGUCGAGGGGCACGAGUUAUCAAAUGCAAAUAUGUCUGCGGCUGGCAACUUGUGAUGCAAUAAAGGGAAGAGUGAGCGCGUUGUAAUGCGCUUCCCAGCAUGACAAGUUUUUCCGCGGUUCAGAGUUGCGUACUCCGCAUCGUAAACUGCAUUUUUAUUUCAUGACAGACAGGAAUAGCUCUUCGCAGGCACGCAAUACAGAGUUCAGAGUCAUUCCAGACUAGCAUGACAAAUCCCGAAAUCUCCCAGACCCAGACAUUAUAUUUGCAGUUCAUACGAGUACACGGUGAUAUCGGUGCACGAAUUAAAGGAUGCGGCAAAGACCAAGCUUGUCAAGCUUCGCAAUCCAUGGGGCCGGUUCGAGUGGAACGGGCGGUGGAGCGAUGGUGAUACGGAAACGUGGGAAAAUAUGGCGUUCUCAAAAUGUACAUUCUCAACUGUUACAUGAAGUUAUGAAAUGAUGCAAAUAAAGCGCCAAAAGCCACCACACGAUCAAGGUGUUUCGCAUGACAAUGCUUCGAAGGGCUAAACAGCACCUAAAUCUUGUGUUCCAAGUUUGGAAUGCAAAGCGCGCAAUUGUCUUCCCGCGUUCACAUUUGCUGUUCUUGCUCACAAAUUCAUGUAAACAGUUGAGAGUGUGACACUUGAGAGCGCCAUAGAAAAACAGGACGCGGCGGCGCUCGAGGCCGCGGGGGUGGUCAGGGUUGAGAAGGAAGACGGCAUAUGCAAAGAAGAAAAAAGGGCUACAGUUUUACACGUUUUAUUGUUCGGAGAGGACCAAGCAAGGAAAACAAGUUCUGUCAUUUCGGAUAUCAUGCUCGGGAGCCUGUGCCUGGCAGUUUGCGUUUCACCCGUUUUUUCCCUUAUGCAUGUUGAUCUGCGCAUUCUAAGUUUGCGUCGCUAUGAUGCAGAGCAAAUUUGUGUUGCUGGUAAUUGCUCAACGAGAUAAUAUCAUGUGUAACUGUACGCACUUUUCAUUUCCUUGGAUACGGCACCUUCUUUCAACAGUGGGAGGAUUUCGUCCGGAUUUGGGGCAGUGUGGGGAUCUGUCCGAAGAACUUGGGGGUGAAGACUCGGUACUAGGGAAAUUAAGUACUAUCGAAAUGUGUCGUGAUCAACUUCUGUCAUGCAGGUAGUUUUGAGAAUCCGUUUCAGUACAAACCAUCGCUCUGUCAAGCAAUGAUCUAGACCAACCUAGAGAUGUUGUUUGCAGCGGAUACUGUAGCACUUGGGCGUAGAGGGGGUGUAAUUUUUAUCAAAUAUGAAAUUUAACAUAAUUGUGUAGAAAUUCAGAUAUAGUUUUUUAAUUACAACUUAAUUAUAAGCGCUGGGUGGCGCUUUCGCUUAAGUCCGGUGCCCCAAAACUCGGACUCACGGACUAAAAGCUACGCAAUACCACGCACGGACUUAAG